AUGAUCCGUCUCAGCCGAUCCGUCCUCAGGUUGCCGGCCGCCAGCGUGAGAGCUUAUGCUCAAACUGUGGAGACGGUUGUGGAUAAAGAUGGAUUGUCAGCGACAGAGGCCGCAUCACAAACUGUCCGUGUGUCACAGAAGAGGGAGGUGGAGUCUCGGUCGUUUGCGGUUGGGAUGUUCAAUGGCCUCAUACACACACAGAGCAGGUCUUCCCCUUCCCCCUCUGUGCUCAGUGAAGACCAGUCCCAGUUCCUCGGCGAGUUGGUUGGUCCCGUCUCACGUUUCUUCCAGGAGGUGAAUGACCCAGCGCUGAAUGACGACCUGCAGAAGGUGGAUGACAAGUCGAUGGCAGGACUGAAGGAACUUGGAGCAUUCGGCCUGCAGGUCCCGGUGGACUUGGGGGGGAUGGGCCUGAAUAACACCCAGUACGCCCGCCUGGUGGAGAUUGUCGGGUUGCACGAUCUGGGUGUUGGCAUCACUCUCGGAGCUCAUCAAUCCAUCGGGUUUAAAGGAAUCCUUCUGUACGGGACAGAGGAGCAGAAGACGAAGUAUCUCCCCCGACUUGCCUCAGGUGAAACGAUUGCAGCCUUUUGUCUGACGGAACCCUCCAGCGGAUCUGAUGCAUCCAUCCGAACCACAGCGAAGAUGAGCCCCUGUGGAAGGUUCUAUACCCUGAAUGGGGGCAAACUCUGGAUCAGUAAUGGAGGAAUCGCAGACGUGUUCACAGUCUUUGCCAAAACCCAAAUCCCUGACCCGUCCACUGGAGAGAUGAAGGAGAAGAUCACGGCAUUUAUCGUAGAAAGGGGGAGAAGGUGUGACCCAUGGCCCCCGGACAAGAAGUUGGGGAUCCGGGCCAGUAACACAGCCGCUCUGCACUUCGAUGAGGUCCGGGUCCCGGCGGAGAACGUUUCCCUCGGUGGCGAGGGAAACGGUUUCAAGGUGGCGAUGAAUAUUCUGAACAAUGGGCGCUUUGGGAUGGCAGCCGCCCUCUCGGCACCAUGAAGGGGAUGAUCGAAAGAGCGGUGGAUCACGCCACCAAUCGCACGCAGUUUGGAAGUAAGCUUCACACGUUCGGAGUCAUUCAGGAGAAGUUGGCGCGUAUGGCGGGGCGGGUCCUGCAAUAUGUCACCGAGUCGAUGGCGUACAUGAUCAGCGCCAACAUGGAUUUCCGGGGCCAAAGACUUCCAGAUAGAAGCCGCCAUCAGUAAAGUCUUCGGCUCGGAGGCGGCCUGGGCCGGUGGACCGAUGAAUGUAUCCAACUUCUGGGAGGAACCGGAUUCAUGAAGGAUGGCGGAGUGGAACGCGUUCUCCGUGAUUUGCGCAUUUUCCGAAUCUUUGAAGGAACCAAUGACAUCCUGAGGCUGUUUGUUUCCCUUAAUGGACUGCAGAGCGCCGGGAAGGAGCUGAAAUCUCUCCAGAAGGCCAUCACCAGUCCACUGAGCAACUCCCAACUCCUGCUGAGGGAGGGGGUGCGGGAGAGCCAAAAGGAAGGCCGGUCUGGGCACAGGACUCACCCUUAAAGGACACGUCCAUCCAGAGGUGGAGAAGAGUGCAGCACUGGCUGUUGGCGCUCUGGAAGAUUUCGGGUUGGUGGUGGAGGAAAUCCUCGUCAGAUACGGGAAGAGGAUUGUGGAUGAGCAGUUCAUAUUGCACAGAGUUGCUGACGCUGCCAUUGAUCUGUACGCCAUGAUCGUGGUGCUGUCCAGGUCGUCUCGCGCUCUCUCCGAGGGUCUCCCCACCGCUCUCCAUGAGAAGGUUCUGUGUGAUAUCUGGUGUGAGGAGGCAGCGGAGCGUGUACGGGGAAACCUGAAGAGCCUGCGCAGUGGAGGAGGGGGAUCCGCUCUCUUCAGAAACUUGCGUUCUGUCUCCUCCGCCCUGAUUGAAAAUGGUGGAGUGGUGGCCUCUCAUCCCCUGGGAUUCUGA